AUGAAAGGUUACGGUUAUGGUUACGAUUCGGAUAUUUCAUCAAUUUGAUGAGAAAAUAAUAUGAUCUUUUAUAAUAUAUUAAUGGAUACAAAAUAUGUUCAAAAGGGAAAGGAGAAUAGUCAGAGAAGUUGGAAGGGUGAGAGGGGCUGAUAAGAGAAAUCGAGUCAAAUGUGCUACGUGGAAUCGUGAAAGUAAAGGCGUAUUCCACUUUACCCAUGAAUUGGGAUAGGUUACAAAUUUAAAACAAAUGAAUGUUGCUUUUUACAUUUAUUUUUUUCAUUUAUUUAAAUAAAGAUAUAACACAAAUAUCUAUCAGUUAUCGUGUUAAAAAUAACAAUAUUGAAAUAACGGUAUAAUUAUUGUGUAUAUACGGCUGUCAAGCGAAGUAUUGGUCUCUAUGAAUAUGGAAUCUCUUCAAAGAAAAUUGAUAGAGUAUGGUCAGGAACAUUUAUUAAAGUUCUAUGAUGAAUUAUCAGAUAAAGAAAAAAAGGAGCUUUGUCAAGAUAUAUCUGAAUUGAAUUUCAUAGAUGUAAUAUCAUAUUUUGAUAGUGCAAUAUAUGCUUCUUUAAAUAUGAACACAUUGGAUGAUAAGGUAUCUCCCAUUCCUAAAGAAAAUAUUGCAUCUAUUAAAACCACUGAUAAGGAACAAUUAAAAAUGUAUGAAGAAUUGGGAUUGCAAGAAAUAGCAAAUGGGCAAGUAGCUGUAUUAGUAAUGGCUGGUGGUCAAGGUACUAGACUAGGUGUAACUUAUCCCAAAGGUAUAUACAAUGUUGGUUUACCUUCUGGAAAAACACUUUUUCAACUACAGGCAGAAAAAAUACUUCGUUUGGAAAAUAUGGCAAAGAAAAAGUAUGAGAAAGAUGGAGAAAUUACGUGGUAUAUAUUAACCAGUGAAGCUACUCAUGAUAUAACAGUAUCGUUUCUACAUCAGCAUAAUUAUUUUAAUUUAAAAGAAAAAAAUUGUAAAGCUUUUAAACAAGGUAUGCUACCAUGUUUCACAUUGGAUGGAAAAAUUAUUUUGGAUAAAAAAUAUAAAAUUUCGAAAGCCCCAGAUGGAAAUGGAGGAGUAUAUCGAGCUUUAAUAACACAAGGAAUAUUGGAUGAUAUGAUACAACGUGGAAUUCAUAGUGUUCAUGUUCAUUCAGUUGAUAAUAUCUUAAUAAAAGUAGCAGAUCCUAUUUUUAUUGGAUACUGUUUAUCUUUACAAACUGAUUGUGGAGUUAAAGUUAUAGAAAAAUUUUCCCCAAAUGAACCAGUGGGAAUUGUAUGUAAAGUUAAUGAUAUAUUCCAAGUUGUAGAAUAUAGUGAAAUUUCAAAAGAAACAGCUGAAUUGUAUUCUGAUGAUGGACAAUUAAUAUAUAAUGCAGCAAAUAUAUGCAAUCAUUAUUUCACUGUAGAUUUUCUAUAUAGCAUUGCUAAAUAUCAUGAAAAAGAAAUGGAACUUCAUGCUGCUAAAAAAAAAAUACCAUAUAUUGAUGAAGAUGGAAACCGAAAUGAACCAAAAAUUCCUAAUGGUAUUAAAAUUGAGAAAUUCAUAUUUGAUGUAUUUAAAUUCGCAAAACGUUUAACAGUUUGGGAAGGAAUUCGUGAAGAAGAUUUCAGUCCUCUAAAAAAUGCAGAUUCUGUUGGUCAAGAUUGUCCAAGUACUGCACGAAAUGAUGUACUUAAACUUCAUAAAAAGUGGUUGUUAAAUGCAGGAGCUAUAUCUGUAUCAGGUGAUAUAGAAAUAUCUCCUUUAUUAUCUUAUGCUGGAGAAAAUUUAAAUCAUAUAAAAGGACAAUUAUUGGAAGGACCUUGUGUAUUGGAAUAAUGAAAUCUAUUGUUUUCAUAAUUUUUUAUGAUAAUGUUUUU